CUCACAACAGUUAAUAGUCGAACGGGUGUCUAGGCAGACGCACGCAUGCGUCCAGCAGCUCUGUGAGAUUAAAGCAAAAUACGUUUAAUUGCCAAAAAGAAAAAAAAAUAUAAUAAACGAUUUCGAAAAUAAACGCGGCAAAAUGAUCAGAACGAAACAGGCUGUUGCACAACUGGUUUUUGUAGUAGGGACACUUCUAUCUUGCUGUAGCUGCCAAAACAUUGUAGACUUGGUGCGAGAUUUUGAAACAUCUUUGUUAAACACUAAGUUGCCGGAUGCAAACGAGUUUUUAGAUGAAUAUGAUUUUGUUAUAGUUGGCGCCGGCUCUGGUGGCUGUGUUGUGGCUAAUCGACUCUCUGAGAUCCGUAACGCCACAAUUCUGCUUUUGGAAGCAGGCGACCAGGAAACAUUUUUAAGCGAUGUGCCCCUGACGGCUGCAUUAACACAAAUGACACGAUACAAUUGGGGCUACAAAAGUGACCCUACGCCCAAUGCAUGUCAAGGACUAGAGGGCGGAGUUUGCAACUGGCCCAAAGGCAGAGGUGUGGGCGGCACCAGCCUAAUUAACUUUAUGCUAUACUCUCGAGGUCAUCAUAAGGAUUACGAUCACUGGUCGUCCUUGGGCAAUAACGGAUGGAGUUAUAGCGAUGUAUUGCCAUAUUUUAAGAAGUCGGAGCAUAUAGAUAUUGACCAUUUGAGAGACUCCAAGUUUCACGGUACUAGUGGACCAUUAAAUGUGGCCUAUUCUAAUACAGCAAAAUCAAAAUUAUUAAAGGCGUUUCUUAAGUCUAGUUACGAAAUGGGUUACAAUAUUACCGAUCCAAAUGGAGAAAGUCUGUUGGGGUUUGGAAGAGCGCAGGCAAAUAUUCAAAACGGACGACGCUGUAGCACAAGUAAGGCAUUUAUAAAGCCAAUAGUGAACCGAAGAAAUUUGUCAAUAUCCAUGAAAUCCUGGGUAACCAAAAUACUAAUAAAUUAUUCCAAAAAUGUACAUUCGAAGCCAAAGGCUGUUGGCGUAGAAUUCGUAAAAAAUCGAAAAAGAUAUACAGUUCGGGCCAAGAAAGAGGUUAUAUUGUCUGCCGGUGCUAUUGCGUCUCCCCAGCUGCUUAUGUUGUCCGGCAUAGGUCCUAAGGAAAAUCUACAACGACUGAAUAUUUCAGUUGUAAAGGAUCUCAACGUCGGCUUCAAUCUUCAGGACCACAUUACUCUGAAUGGACUAGUAUUUUCUGUUAAUGACAGCACAAUAAAUGACCAAAAAGUUUUGAACACAAAAGACAUUUUCCAAUACAUUCUACAUGGACAAGGCCCAUACACAAUUCCCGGUGGCGCGGAAGCUUUGGCAUUUCUAAGAACGCCUAGCUCUAAAUUCGAAGCCGAUUAUUCAGACAUGGAGAUCGUUCUUGGCGCUGGUUCAUUGGUUGGCGACUACAUGGGCACGAUGAGAAAUUUGAUCGGAAUAACCAACACCUUUUAUCAAGACGUCUUUGAGGAUUUUCGGCACAAGGAAACAUUCGGGAUGGUGCCAGUUCUCCUAAGGCCUAAGAGCAGGGGUCGCAUUUCUCUACGAAGCACUAAUCCAUUUCAAUGGCCCAAAAUGGAGCCGAACUUUAUGCAGGACCCAGAUGACAUAAGGGCCAUGAUUGAGGGCAUAGAAAUGAUAAUACAAAUAGCCCAAACCAAAUCGAUGAGUCGCAUUGGUACACAGUUCAAUACAAAAAAGUUUCCGGGUUGCGAAAAGCACACAUUUGCCAGCAAAGAUUAUUGGAAAUGUUGUCUACGACUUUAUGGAUCCAGUCUACAGCACCAAUCAGGCACAUGCAAAAUGGGGCCAGUUGACGACCCAGAAGCUGUAGUGGACCAAGAGCUGAGAGUACAUGGCUUAAGUAAUCUGCGAGUAGUAGAUGCUUCGAUAAUGCCGACUAUUCCUGCUGGUCACACCAAUGCGAUUGUUAUAAUGAUUGCCGAAAAGGCGUCAGACAUGAUCAAAGAUUUUUGGCGUUUAAAGACCAAAUAAUGCAAUAACUAGUCUAAGUAAAAUGUGAUAUUAUAAAUUACUAAGUUACAGAUAUAAAUGUUUAUGUUUAAUAUAUUUAUAAAUACAGAUUCCGAGAUAACUACAAAGUA